UGGUGCCGCAGUUCUUCACAGGGGCGAGUCCGCGGCACGAGUUCAAGCCACAGAGGCCACGAGGUGGAACUAUCGAAAAGGCGUAGAAGGGCGUACCGGAAGACCCAUCGAAAGCAAGGUGGGCCAGUCAUUCUGAUAUCAUUAUCUGUGUGCCUGCAGCUCCGGGGAUUAGCGGCUGACAUCGUACGUGUCUACCUUUUUCCUUCCGGAACUCCUCUCACUGGACGAAAACAGUCAAAGUCACGCUCUGCAGCAGAUACCUCACAGGCUCCAUCUAGAAGUAUUAUGAAGAAGUUCAGGAUUAUCAUUGGUCUACUGCUGCUUCUACUGCUGAUAUUCGCCACCGUGUAUUUCAUCACAACAAGCAUAGGUGGUGAAGGGGGCGCAGGUGAUGGUGAGAAAUCUGACGACUCCGGAAACGAAGGGGGUUCAUUGGGAGGAGGCGGAGGAAGUGGUGGUACCUUGGUGGUCCAGAAAAAGACGCCAACGACCACAAAACGCGCUCGUCACACUACUAAGGGCAUUAGCCCAACUCCGGACAAAUUUCAAGAACCGGCGGCCACGCCACGCACGGAUCCAAAGCCGCGCACUGCCAGCGGGGGCCUGCUGCUCUGCACAAUUAGCCACCGGGCGUUCAACACACACGUGUACCCGGAAGACGGCCUCUGCGACCUCCUGUAUUACACCACGGCCUACUACGAUCCCGCCAAGAAAGAAUUCCGAGGAGCGCGCGACAUCUUCAGCUUCGGCGCGUUCCGUGCCAAGGUGAAGGAGACGGCCGCCACUAGCAAGACGAGCUACGGCAUCUCGUUUGACUACAGGUACGGAAAGAUGAUCGCCGAUCAGCUGAAAACAUCCGACGCCCAAAGCAGCUUUCGGAACCUGUGGAAUGACCGCAUCUACCACUACGGAAUCCUGCACGUCUGGGCAAGCCCAAGUGAGAUAAAGAGCACCGACAGGCUGCAGCUCCUCAAGGAGCUGAAGAACCGCCAGGAUGCCCUCGGAAAGGACAAGAAAGGGCAUCGCGCCCUUGGAUUUCAGCUCACCGCAGUGAGUGACAAGAACAAGACUGCGGAUACGGCCAACUACCUCCUUAAAAACUACCCUAUCACCAUAAUUGUGACGAUUACCCACACCUUCAAGGCACCUAGAGGCAGCUACUCAGAAGGGCCCUCUUCAUGGAAGAUAGGUCGCACACCCUACACAAUGGCCAACGUCGCCGAUGAAUGGACAAAAAUAACGACAAACGGUAGCAUUACGAUCAUGCCGUCUUACACCAUGGAGGCUAUCAACUGGAAAGUAAGGUCGAAUGGAUCCACAUUUCAAAAUGGCUCGUGGACAGUGGAUUCAUACGCGCCCACAGUGUUCUCACAGACCUGCAAGGAGACCUACGACCAGGCGCCUGUGAUGGACCCUCUAGGCCUGUACAUGUACACCGGCAAGCGGUCCAUUUUGUUCUUAUUCACGUACGACACGGCAGAAACUAUGAAAUUGAAGCUCAGCGAUGAACCAUAUAAGUGCUUACCAUGCAACAAGAGCUUCACAGGACCAGCAAGCUAUGCAGAACACAGGGACAGCAACAGGCAUCGUAAACUUUUUUCCACCAAAGUUAUUCCAGACAGAACAAAGGACAAUUAUAUUAAAUGCGAUGUUUGCAAUACUGAGAUAUCUGGGGCUGUAAACCUCAGGCAGCAUGACAACGGUAAGAAGCACAAAAGUGCCAUGGCAGCUCAACUUAAGCGUGAGCAAGUCAUUCUGAGACGUCCUCUCACAAACACAUCCCCUUCCAUUGUGACGUCUCUCAGUGUUUCCCCUGAUAUGACUUCCCUGCAUAGUGUUAGCACAACACAGGGUUUGAGGCCCUUACCAUCUCUGUCAAGCUCCUCAAAUCUUGUCCAGUCACUGCAAGCCAGCAUUGAUUCCUUGGACAAGCAUCAAGAAACCAGAGCUCUGGAAUCACCUUCUAAUCUCAGUGACUCGGCCAGUCCGACUGCCUCCAAGUCAAGCACUGCUAUUACAACCGUGCAACUCUACAAUCCUGACAAUGCUCCUGAUGGGAAUCUUCCAUACUCCUCUGACUUCACGCUACAGCCAAACAGUGGACCAUACCAGUGCAAGACAUGCCAAAAAAGAUUCACAGGGCCAGCAAGCUACGCAGAGCAUGGGGACAACUGUAUCAACAGCGUGCAAUGCUUCUCUAGGACAGACUCUUCAUCUCCAGCCAAUAAUUACAUUUGGUGUGACAUUUGCAAGGCGCUGAUUUCCGGUGUGAAGAACAUGAAGGAACAUGACAGUGGAAAAAAGCACAGAAGGGCAUCUAUGCUUCAGCGUGCUUUAGAUCCUAGGCACCAGCAGGAGACCACAACAGUGUGCAUCAAAAGUUCUUCCUCUACAGUUGCCACAGCAAUAUCAGUUCCUGCAGGCAGGUCUUCUUCACUAGCUAUUACACAUUGUGAGAAUGUGCCGUCUGCUGCACGGAUGUUGUGCUUUUCACCUUCUCAACCAGCAGCAGACAACGCCAAUUCCUCGUGCACUUCGCAGGAGUUGACUGCUCUAGAUUCGAGCACUUGUGGCUCGAACCUGCACAAUGUGUCCCCUGGCUCCACAUCAGAUGCUGCUGCUUCUGGAACUGCAAUCAGAGACCAAGCUAAUAUUCAGGAUUGUUCCACCGAUAAUGAGAGGAAGUACGAGGAACCGGUGAAGCCUGCAAAGGACAAAGACAAGGAACAAAUUGCAAGCUUCACAAGCAGUGAAGCAGCAGGAAAACGUUUUCACAUCACGCACAGUGCUGUUGAUGUGGUGUACAGCGAUGACGGAACAAAAUGCAGAAUGGGUAACAUCGAAGGUUAUGGUUGCAGGAAAUGUGGCAUCGCCUUGUUUCAAAAUGUGGAGGCCGCACAGCGCCACUACAGAACAGACGGCCACACUGCUAUUGCUGACCCACUGUAGUGGGGCUGCCUCAGUGCAGUUAAUAGUGAAAUACAGGGCCAAGCUCAUAUAUAUUUGUCAGGCGCAAUGUUGUGCUCAUUUUAUGACCUCAGCUGCUCGCUUGGUUCCUUUUGCAUGGCACCAGAACAACAGCUGUUACAGGUACUAUGCAUGACUAUACUAUUAGGUAUGUCAUUAUUGAGAAAAUGAAGGACCAAGAUGACACAGGAGAAAGUGGACACAUACAAGUGUUCUCUCGCUACUGAGUCAUUACUAUGCCUAAAAGAAAACAAGAAUAAAUCAAGGAAUAAUGAAAACAAAAUACAAGGCUCCCAUAAAAGGCAACUAAGCUGCAGUUCUUCAAAUGCUUUCUAACCCAACAGUGAUCCUGUAUUUUACUGAACUGACUUGAAAUGUUGGGAUGUGAUUUCUCGUUUCUCUUUUUUUGUCUAUUUUAGACACUAAAUAUAUAUUUGCAUUGUCCCUAUGUUGUUAAUGACUUUGUACUUUUCCUCGCUUUUAUGCAGUGCUUAUGUGAUACCCUUUACAUUAUGCAUUCUAUGGAAGCACAUAUUAUAUUUGUUAAACAGCCUAGAGGUGACGUCAUUCAAGGGCUGGGUCGAGCAAUUAGCUAUUGUUAGACAGCUUACUGUAGAGCUUUUCAUGUGAAGCUUUCAUACUGAGCUGCACUAAGCUCGAUCUACCUUACCAAUUUCACAAAAUAGGCCUUAAGCCAUCAUUUGAAUAUAUUUUCUCUUUCAUGUGUGUUGCAUUGGACGGUGCAUCCUCCUGGAUUGUACAUUUAUUAUUCUCAUUUUUUUUCACAUUUAUAAUACUUUCAAUCAGCAAUUAAAGUGCUGAGGGCAUAAAUUGCAGGAUUCUGUGCUCUAAAAAUACCUGUGUCUCUUGCAUUUUAGUGAAAAUUAUUAGAAUAUCUUCUUUGUCACAAGUUCAAUGAAGCAAAUGAGUUCACAGAAAUGUGCAAGCUAUGGUAAGCUCUGCACAAAACAAUUUUUCACCUCCAUGAGCAACACAGUCUUGUGAAUAAAGCGCAAGUUUUAGUAUAAAUUUGUCCUGGUGCAAAAACCAAAAGCAAUGAUAUCAUCUUAACAGGGCCUCGUUGGCGAAUUGAAUUAGUUUUGAAUUAUCAAAGUCUAAACUGACAUGAGUCUGAUUGUUUCUUUCUUUCCUUCUUUUUUAAGUUCUUUUGUAAAAAUUUGCUCCAGAGCAUAUGAAGGAUAAAAUACAAUCAAAUAAGAGCUUGCAUAUGUUUGUGUUCUGUGCCAAUCCCAUGUUCUAACCGAUGUGAGCAGUAUAAAGAUAUUAUAAACCAUGUUGAGUGCCUCAGCUGCAAGUUGUGUUUAUGCAUUGUUCCUACUUCAGUACUGCAGCACUUUGUUCUCACCACAGUCAACUCGGAUUCGCUCCAACUCACAGGGACUAAUUAUGUCUCUUUAAGAUAUCAGGACAGUGUAUUCUCUGGUGUCAAAUAAAAUAAAGUUAAAAUAGUAUUUGCAAACCUGGUUAUGUAUGAACAGUUAAAGCUGCACCACACAAAAGAAAAGAUGUAAAGGAGCAGACAGCACUGUACGUGUCUUUGUGCACUAUCGGUUAACAUGUGUUUCUAAAUAGGCCAGACCCACCCAUAUCAUAACAUUUGAACAGCUCUGGAACCAGGCAUAUACUCGUGUGGUGUAUAUGCAUACUGACCAUUUGCAUUGAUGACAACUGGAUUGGUGGCACCAAUUUGUGGUGACACCCAUCAGCACACACAGCACCUUGAGUACCAAACAUUUUCUUUGACUACCCAUACUUUAUCAACACACUCUAAAAGGGCAUGUUUUAGCCUCGUCCCAUUACACCUGGAAAGCAGAAAAUUGAUAUAGCAAAAUAUUUGUUUGGCUUGCCUCAUUUCAGAAUGCAUUAAAAAUAUGGCAAGGAAACAAGCUUUUGAGGUUUGUUUGAACUUACCAAAAAUAUUACUUGUCUGAGUUUGAUAUCUACUGUUAUGCUAAUGUAUAAUGCUUGUUCUAGUUUUUUAUUGCACAGUGGUCUCUCUUCGCAAAUUUCCAUAGCCUUUUUCAUAAAAUUGA